CGUAUCACGAUUGGUUGCCGUUCAUUCACSCUGCUUGGAUUUUGUUCUACCGCUAUCACUUUUUCGACUAGAAGUAUUUUUUGUGGAGAGGWCAUCAAAACCGAUCCAACAAGCUUCGACAAAGGCAUAGAUUUACUGAUUGCUCUGCUCAGUCAUCAAAUCAAAGGACAAAUAUCAUACAUUCAGCUAUCAAGUAAAGACACAGUAAAUCCUCUAUUAUGUCGGGAGAAAAAGAUUUAUCCGUUGGAUUUUUAGGUUGUGGCAAAAUGGCAUCCGCGUUGAUGCAAGGUCUCGUCAACAAGAAGUUGGUCAACGAUCCUUCGUCGAUCAGUUGCUCCGAUGUUUACAAACCAAGUGUGGAAUAUGCGUUGGAAAAGGGAUACAAUGCGACGGAAUCGAAUUUAGAAGUAUGUAAGACCGCUAAGGAUGUGGUCGUUAUUGCAGUCAAGCCAAAUGUAGUACAGAAUGUUUGUGCUGAUAUUGCAAGUGUCGAUAGUGAUGCAGUGAUCAUCAGUAUUGCCGCAGGCAUUACUUUGGCGACUYUGGAGGGGUACCUUCCAGGGAGACGAAUUGUCCGCGUCAUGCCAAAUACACCUUGCCUUGUGGGUGAAGCUGCAUCUGGAUAUGCCAUGGGUACGCAUUGUAACAGUAACGACGAGGAGAUAGUAGAGAAACUCCUYAACGCUGUCGGAGUUGCAAAGAAAAUCAAAGAAAUUUUGCUAAACGCAGUCACCGGUGUSAGUGGAAGCGGUCCAGCAUACGUUUACCAGUUCAUUGAAGCGCUGGCUGAUGGUGGAGUCCGUUCUGGUUUGCCUAGAGAUGUCGCUAUGGAGCUUGCUGCACAAACAGUCAAGGGAGCAGCUGUUAUGGUAUUGGAAAGUGGAAAUCACCCCGGGAAACUCAAAGAUGAUGUGACAAGCCCAGGUGGAACAACUAUUGCYGGCGUGGAAGCGCUAGAAAAUGGGUAAGAAUUUAUGAAUUUAUACAUGGUUCAGUUUUUGGGUAAGGUUAUUUAUUUUCGAUAUCCUAACUYGGGUCUACWAUUGAUGUCUUCUAUUUUUAUGUCACGUUGAAUCGAUGCUACAGAGGAUUUCGUUCGGCUGCUAUUUCAGCUGUCAAAGCUGCUACCAGGCGAUCGAUGCAACUCGGAGGUAUCUCAGAGGAGGAUAUCAAGCAUGUCCACAACUUAUAAGAAUAACCUUGAAURGGACUAAAUACAAGAACAAUAUACUCAUUCUCAAGUCUCUCCCAUUUUUGUYGAGUUUAUCGUUCCGAUGGCUUGAAUGAUUCCAAUUUUUAAUCAACGGAAUACUCGACACAGGAAUGGUAACAAAAUUACAGGUUGKCAAACCAACUUAAUACUCUCCAAGUAACGGCAAAGUACUUCCAACAAGUAUAGAGCAAGAUUCGUGGAAUAACAUUGAGCCAACUAUUCAUACUGUGACGUAUUAUUGGUAGAAUUACUACACUAUUUGCCUUCAUAACGUUACCAGCUAGUACAGAAAGUUGAUAYUAUCAUUGUUACUAACGACCUUUUCGUAUUACGGUAAUCGUGCUAACAGUACGAACUACUGUUAUUUGUAGGUAUUUUUUAGUAAAAAGGUUCAACGUGUCACUUCAAACGUGUGUGCGAAGAAGAKAAAUACUUCUACCUCCGAUGUUUUUUCAUACGUACCAAUCAGUCCCGACUUCAAUUACAUCAUUCAUUUCGUCGAAUCUUCGUUCCGAUUUUUCAGGCUGCUACCSGUAGCAGUGGUGUGAGGGCACUUGCAUUCAGUCGUCUUAUCCUUCCGUACCGUGUCGUACUGAUAGCGCGCAGAAAGUACUGGUGAAUAUGCACCGUAAUGCACGUCAACACAUCCAUGGUGUCCGCUAAUUUUCUCGGUUUCUCCAUCAAUCGGUAUUUCAAAACCUUUUGUACUUCGUAACAGCAGCAUCGUAAAACAUCCUUCACACUAUUGAUUUUUGAGGAAAAUGUCUGCCCCUAACUCGAGUCCACCCGGAAAUCUAAAGUUUGCCAUCCCCAAGAAAGGAAGGCUUCACGAAAAGGUCGUCGAAGCGCUCAAGGGCGCUGGCAUCGAGUUUCGGCGUGAGGCCCGCCUGGAUGUUGCCGUUUGUAACGGAUUGCCCAUCACCUUGAUCUUUCUUUCUGCAUCUGAUAUUGCCAAAUUUGUGGGCGAGGGUAACGUAGAUCUAGGAAUCACGGGACAAGAUAUGGUUGCAGAAAACCAAGUGGUUGUCAACAGUAUUUUAGAUUUGGGAUUUGGAAAAUGCAGGCUUUCCGUUCAAGCACCAGUUGCCGAUAAAAUUGAAGACGUCACGGCUCUCGCCGGAAAAAGAAUUGCCACCAGUUUYCCCAAUCUAACGAAAAAGUUCUUCGACGAAUACGAUGAGAAACUCGGAGUGUCGACCAGUAUUCAAUAUAUUUCCGGUUCUGUGGAAGCGGCUUGCGGACUUGGUCUUGCGGACGCCGUUGUCGACCUUGUAGAAACAGGCACUACCAUGAGGGUAAGACCUUCUGUUAUGAUUUUGCGCUGCACUGGUUCCAUUGGUUUCGAAUUUAUUGAUUCAUCACAUUUUAAUUGAUCCUCAUGCCAUGAGUUUUGACUCUGCAAUUACUGUUGUUUUUCCUUCAAGGCUGCUGGAUUAGAAGUCGUCCACGACAUCUUGAGCACWCAGGCUACCUUGAUUUCRAACCCGAAUUCGGARCAUAAGGACCUCGUCACCAAAAUUCAAAGACGCAUCGAGGGCUAUAUCACAGCCACAAAAUACGUCAUGGUUAUGUAUAAUAUUUCUAACGAAUUGAUGCAAGAUGCUAUCAAAAUUACUCCUGGAAAAAAGUCACCGACUAUUACGAGUCUUGAGUGCGGGACWACUAAGGCAGUCUCAGCUCUAAUUCUGAAGAAGGAAGUAUCCGAUAAGAUGGAUGCUCUUCACGACGUCGGAGCUACUGAUAUUUUGGUUCUUGACUUGAAGAAUUCUAGAAUGUAAACUAGUCGGGCGUGCUUAUCAAUUGCGGUAGUAUUCGAUAUUGUAUUUCUAGAGUCGACUAGGCAAUAUCUCGAAUCGCAACUCUUUGAAGAAGCCCUUUUGGUGAAAUAUUUGAUAUUGAUUUGUUCUUCACKGACUAURUUUGGGAAUUYUGUGUUGUAUCAUAAAAUCAAGAUUCAAUUAAUUA